AUGGUUGAAUUAUUACUUGAUUCAGCUAUUCGAUUUUGGGUUUUUAUGCCUAUUGUCGUCAUAACGUUUUUUGUCGGUAUGCUACGGCACUAUAUUACAAUUAUUACAGCUGGUGAGAAACCGGUUGAUAAACAACAAAUAGCCGACAGUCAAGCACUUAUCCGUACGCGAAUCUUACGUGAAAAUGGAAAAUAUAUUCCAAAAGAGGGAUUCGUUAUGCGAAAACAUUUUUUUGUUAACGAAGAAAAUGGUUAUCUUACUACGCAACAAGGCCGACAACAACCUAUUCGAAAUCCAAUUACAGAUCCGACGAUGAUGACAGAAAUGCUCAAAAAUAACAUCUCAAAUAUGGUACCUAUGAUUGUCAUUGGUGGUGUGAUCAACUGGGCAUUUAGUGGUUUUCUUUGCACUAAAGUACCAUUCCCAUUAACAUACCGUUUUAAACCAAUGUUGCAACGUGGUGUCGAAUUAGCAACUCUUGACGCUAGUUGGCUAUCGUCAGUUUCCUGGUAUGCUAUCAAUAUAUUUGGACAACGUGGUGUCAACAAUCUGCUUCUCGGAGAGAACAAUGCUGCUGAUCAAACAAAGAUGAUGCAAGAUCAAAUGAAUAUGGCCGCUGUAUCAAUGCCACAAGAUUCAGCAAAAGCAUUUAAAGCUGAGCGAGAAGGUCUAUUGGUUGUUGAUCAUCAGUGGGCAUUUAGAAAUGUCGAAAAUGAUGCGAAACGAUGCUAUUCAAUAUUACCAUUCGAAAUAAAUCAUUUAACGAAUAGUGACAAGUCAUUGAUCGAGAAAGAAAAAACAAUGCACGAUCGAAGUGUACACCUACACGAUCGUUUUCUUCUACGACGAACACCCAUGCAAUUGGAUCAACGACAUGUGUGUCCACCAUGGAGACAUACACAAAUACCUGUUGAACUUUUCGAUCUCAUGACGGCACCACCAUUUAUGUCCGUUCGUCUGUAUCGUCUUCAUUAUGAAAUCUUACAAUUCUACCAAUUUAUGAUUCCAACUGAAGAAGAACAUGCUGUACGCCAACAAGUUAUCAAUCGUAUAACAAACGUUAUUAAUCAAUACUUACCUACAGCUUCUGUCGAUAUUUAUGGUAGCUACAAAACCGGCUUAUACUUACCGAUGAGCGAUAUUGAUUUGAUUGUUCAUUCAAAAGAUGGUCGCCAAUGGCGACCUGAAGAACUUGAAGCGUUAAUGUUAGUUCUACGCGAAGCAUUUUGUCGUCAUCGUAUUUGUACACAAGAAGGUAUUCAACUAUUGAACGGAGCCACAGUACCAAUCAUCAAAUUAACUGAUCGAAGAACUGAUGUCAAAGUGGAUAUGAGUUUCAAUAUGAACAAUGGUCUUCGAAGUGCUCAACUUAUUCUCCACUAUUUGGAAGUGUAUCCAUCAUUGAAAUAUCUCGUUUACGUAUUAAAACAAUAUCUAUUGCAACUUAAUCUCAAUGAAGUAUGGACUGGUGGUAUUAGCAGUUAUUCACUUAUUCUCAUGUUAGUCUGCUUCUUCCAGACCUACUACAAGAAAGAUCAACAUUCAUUUUGGUCAUCAUCGUUAUCAUCAUCAUUCCUAUCUGGUUUAUCCACAUCAUCAUCAGCAACAAUCAAAACAACGCCAUCAUCUUCAUUAAAAAAUGGUACUACGGAUGAUUGUUCAUCGUUAACAUCUUAUCCAUCAUCAUCAGCUGCUUCAUGUAUUUCGUCCGAUGAUAACAAUAGCUGUGGCAAUAAUAACAGUGAUCUCGAUGACGAUCAUUUCAAUAACGGGUUAAGUGCUGCUAACAGUAGUAACAGUAGUAGUUGUACAACCAGUAGCACGAAUAGUACCGUUGAACACGCCAAUCUCGGCCAUAUGCUGAUCAGUUUCUUGGAACUAUACGGUGUCUAUUUUAAUUAUGUGAAAUUGGGCAUUCGUGUACAAACGCCACAUCAACCUGAUCGUCCAGCUGGUUUUAUCGAUAAAGAAGAAUUGUUUAAGAACUUUUGUUGCGGUCAUCGAACAAUCAGUAAUUUGUGCAUCGUUGAUCCAUUCAAUGAUAAAAACGACAUCAGUAAAGCUUCAUGGUUAACGCCGAAACUGAAUUCAGCAUUUCGUGAAGCAUUCGACAAACUAUUGCAGAGUGUAUCCGAUCAAAAUACCACAUUGAAAAAUGCACCAUCUAUUCUUUCUAAAAUUCUUUCUGUCAGUGAAAGUACAUUGACUUAUCGAAGGCGAUUACGUUCAAUUUAUCGUGAUAAUCAGAAUGAACAAAGAACAGUUCGACAGAUCCAACAUGGUCGAAUGAAUUAUGGUCCAAUGGAUAAACCGUUGAUACAAUAUCCAAAUGGCAAUUCACUCAAAUAUCCAUAUCAUAUUCAAUUGCAGCAACAAUUCUAUACACAUAACUACUUCCAUCGACCACAGUCACAACGAACAAAUCACCAAAGAUCUGUCGAUGACGACCAUCAUCGAAAUGCUCAAGAAUAA